AUGCCCGGUGACGAUCUGGGAGGAGAGACGUUCAUUCCGCAAACCAUAGAGCAUAUUGGAAAGAGCCACACAUGCGGGAUGGGAAGGAACUCAGACAUGGAUGCCGGGUUCAAAUUUGUCGAUUCGCAGAGGCAAAAGAUUAUCCUGCGAACCUGCGACAAGGACAAAGAAGCUCUAUCCACGCUGGAACGCGACAAAAGACUCAGCACCAUCGACGAACUGGAGGAGUUUCUUCCCAACAGAGAGCCAAGCAUGUUUAUUCAAAAUUUCCUUGACAGAAAAAGUGAUUUUAACAGCAUAGGCAUGGGAGGGUAUGAGAUACGCUAUCCGGACAGUAGGAGUCUGGAUAGAAAGAUGAAAAAAACUUCGCUUAUUGGUGGCAAUCAUAGCAAAAUUGUGGUGGAGCAAAGGAAAAGUGAGUAUUACGAGUUGAAAGCCAAGCUCCAGGGCACACCUGACUACCUACAGGUGCUGGAGGAGCAGACUGCGUUGAGCAAAAUGUAA